UACCACACCACGACUGAUCAACUCCUCCACCCUGGAAAGCGAACACCUCCUCUCCCGAGCCAGCUUCAAAAUGGCUGCUCUCGACCCCAAAAGCAAGGACCUUUCCGCUUUCACCGACAAAUCCUCCCCUCAAGAUGACCUCCAUCUCCCCACCUACGAUGCCGCCAGCGAUACCCACUCCCACUCCAUCCACAAACGCGACCUCCUCAGCCUCGAAUCCCUCGACCCGGUUCUCGACGCGAAAAUGAACCUCAUCAACAAUGCCAUUGACGAAAUCGGCAUGACGGGCUACCAGUGGAAACUCUUCUGCCUCAACGGAUUCGGGUACGCGGUUGACAGUCUGAUCCUCUUGAUCCAGUCCAUCAUCGCGCAGAACGCGGCCUAUGAAUUCAACCCCGGGUUUGCGAAUGGCAUGACGAUUGCGGUGUAUGUGGGGAUGCUAGUGGGUGCGCUGUUUUGGGGACUUUCUGCCGAUGUCAUUGGAAGGAAGUAUGCAUUUAAUGUGUCCCUGCUGUUAUCUUCCAUCUUCUGCAUCGUGGCUGGUGCGUCGCCGAACUGGAUUGUCCUGGGUCUCUUCGUCUGUCUGGCAGCGUUUGGAGCGGGUGGAAAUCUCGUGCUCGACACGGCUGUGUUUUUGGAGUACCUCCCUUCGAAAGACGCCUGGCUGCUCACUCUCAUGGCGGCGUGGUGGGGCAUUGGUCAACUCAUUGCUGGACUGCUGGCCUGGGCGUUCAUGCCUAAUUACUCUUGUCCUGGCGAUCCAGCGACCACCGGCGUGGACUGCAAUUGGGACAACAACGCGGGUUGGCGAUAUAUGUGGUUCACCAGCGGUGCAUUGGUGUUUGUCCUGUCCAUCCUCCGAGUCACGGUCAUUCGUCUCCGUGAGACGCCGAAGUUUCUGGUCGGUGAGGGGCGCGACGCGGAAGUCGUUGACACGAUGCAGUACAUUGCGAAGAAGUACAAUCGACCCUGCGGUCUUACUUUGGAAAUGAUGCAGGCGUGUGGUGAGACGGCGCCGUCAGCUCAUGCCGAUUCGAAGUUUUCAUUUGGCGAGGUGGGGAUGCAUUUGAAGGGACUGUUUGCCACGAAGAAGAUGGCGUUGAGCACUUCGCUGAUCUGGUGGAGUUGGUUGUUGAUUGGUCUCGCCUACCCGCUCUACAACGUCUUCCUGCCGAUUUACCUCCAAACCCGCGGUGCACAGGUCGGCGUCACUGACCCGGACAUUCGCUGGAGGAACUACGCCCUAAUCAACCUCUGUGGUAUCCCCAGUCCUAUUCUUGCGGGAUUCAUGUGUCGUGGCAAGUGGUUCUGGGGACGACGAGGAACGAUGAUCAUCGGUGCCCUCCUCACCAUGGUCUUCUUCUUCGCUUACACCCAGAUCCGGACUAAUGCCCAGAAUCUGGGGUUCUCGUGUGCUGUGAACUUUUGCUUGAACAUCUACUACGGCACGCUCUACGCCUACACGCCCGAAGUCCUCCCGUCCGCACACCGCGGCACGGGCAACGGCAUCUCGAUCGGGCUCAACCGCAUCAUGGGCAUCAUGUCGGCCGUCAUCGCCACGUACGCGGACACGGCGACGUCGGUGCCGAUUUUCUUAUGCGCGGCGUUGUAUAUUGUCAUGGCGAUUACGGCGGCUUGUUUUCCGUUUGAGCCGAUGGGGAUGAGGAGUUCGUAG